AGUUGUGAUUAAGCCGAAAAUCCAAUACCAUCCAAUCAAAACAUGGUGUAUAUCGUGAAUAUAGAUACACACACACAGAGGCUUACUAGCAAAACAGAGAACAAAAAUGGCGAAUUUUGUUCUGCAAGUACCAAACAACUUGAGGAGCUUCACUGUUUCUGCUUCGGUUUCAUCAAAUGGGUCUCCUCCUUUGAGUUCUAGUGGUGGCAGUGGUGGGGUUGGUGGACCAGUGAUUUUGGAGCUUCCUCUUGAUAAGAUAAGGAGGCCUUUGAUGAGAACCAGAGCUAACGACCCAAUCAAGGUUCAAGAACUCAUGGACAGCAUCAGUGAAAUUGGCCUUCAGACACCUAUUGAUGUGCUUGAGGUUGAGGGAGUUUAUUAUGGCUUCUCCGGUUGUCAUCGUUAUGAAGCUCACCAGCGUCUUGGCCUUCCAACAAUACGCUGCAAAAUCCGGCGUGGAACAAAAGAAACUCUCCGGCAUCACCUCCGCUGACUUCUUAUGGGUUAUCUUUCAGAGUGAAUUCGCAGUUUUUACCAAGUUACGCACCUUGGUAAUUAUACUGCAAGUAAUUAUUGGGCGUGUAUAAUCUUAUGCCUCUACUUGUUUGUAUAAAAUCUUGUCAAUGUCAUAAUGUUUAGAAGGUUUAUCUGUGUGGAAUUCAUAAAGAAAGUCUGAUACAGUGGUGCAAAUAUUUGUUGCUUA